GCUCGGGAAAGCUCGCGUUCGCUCUGAGGCGCGCUCCGGCGGUCCUCAAUCGCUCCGUUUACCUGAGAGAGUGCUGGCCAUCCCCGGCCGGUGCUGCAGCCACCAUCGCAUCCGGCCCCCCGAGGUCUGAGAUAUUUGGAUCAGAGGAAGAAAUAGCUCUUCUCCUAAAAUGGAAUCUGUUGUUUGGGAAUGUGGUUAAUCAACUUUAUAUGUUGGCCAAAUGUGCCCUAUGUAAUAAAAUGAAAAGAAGAGACAAGAUGAUGUCAUUUUCCUAUAUUGUGAAACCAAAAACAAAUGCCUUUUGUGAGAUCAAGCAAACAAAGCUCUGACGGUGCAGAGUAUUCAACUGUUUGAAGAACUUAACAGUAAGAUAUAUAAGAAGUACUUUCAAGUUGAGACUCAGAAAGUACCGUUGAGUAGGCCUGAUCAUCCAAAUCUCAUUCAAAUCCAGGAAGGAUGGCUAUGAGUUGGAUCGUCUUCUAUUUUUGCCCCUUGACUAUGAUUGUGGGGCACAUAGGUGGGCACAGUUUGUUUUCUUGUGAACCUAUUACAUUGAGGAUGUGCCAAGAUUUGCCUUAUAAUACUACCUUCAUGCCUAAUCUUCUGAAUCAUUAUGACCAACAGACAGCAGCUUUAGCAAUGGAGCCAUUCCACCCUAUGGUGAAUCUGGAUUGUUCCCGGGAUUUCCGGCCAUUUCUUUGUGCACUCUAUGCUCCUAUUUGUAUGGAAUAUGGACGUGUCACCCUCCCCUGUCGUAGGCUGUGUCAGCGGGCUUACAGUGAGUGUUCAAAGCUCAUGGAGAUGUUUGGUGUUCCUUGGCCAGAAGACAUGGAAUGCAGCAGGUUCCCGGAUUGUGAUGAGCCAUAUCCUCGACUUGUGGAUCUAAAUUUAGCUGGAGAGCCUACUGAAGGAGCUCCAAUAGCAGUGCAGAGGGACUAUGGUUUUUGGUGUCCCCGAGAGUUGAAAAUUGAUCCUGAUCUUGGUUAUUCCUUUUUGCACGUGCGUGAUUGUUCACCUCCUUGUCCAAAUAUGUACUUUAGGAGGGAAGAACUUUCAUUUGCUCGAUAUUUCAUAGGAUUAAUUUCAAUCAUUUGCCUCUCUGCCACACUGUUUACUUUUUUAACUUUUUUGAUUGAUGUUACAAGAUUCCGCUAUCCUGAAAGACCUAUUAUAUUUUAUGCAGUCUGCUACAUGAUGGUCUCAUUAAUUUUCUUCAUUGGGUUUUUGCUUGAGGACAGAGUAGCCUGCAAUGCAUCUAUCCCUGCACAGUAUAAGGCUUCCACAGUGACACAAGGAUCUCAUAACAAAGCCUGUACCAUGCUUUUUAUGGUACUCUAUUUCUUCACUAUGGCUGGCAGUGUUUGGUGGGUAAUUCUUACCAUCACAUGGUUCUUGGCAGCGGUACCAAAGUGGGGCAGUGAAGCUAUUGAGAAGAAAGCACUGCUAUUUCACGCCAGUGCAUGGGGCAUCCCCGGAACUCUAACUAUCAUCCUUUUAGCGAUGAAUAAAAUUGAAGGUGACAAUAUUAGUGGCGUGUGUUUUGUUGGCCUCUACGAUGUUGACGCAUUGAGAUAUUUUGUUCUUGCUCCCCUCUGCCUAUAUGUGGUAGUUGGGAUUUCUCUCCUCUUAGCCGGCAUUAUAUCCCUAAACAGAGUUCGAAUUGAGAUUCCAUUAGAAAAGGAGAACCAAGAUAAAUUGGUGAAGUUUAUGAUCCGGAUUGGUGUUUUCAGCAUUCUUUAUCUUGUACCACUCUUGGUUGUAAUUGGAUGCUACUUUUAUGAGCAAGCUUACCGCAGCAUCUGGGAAACAACAUGGAUACAGGAACGUUGCAGAGAAUAUCACAUUCCAUGUCCAUAUCAGGUUACUCAAAUGAGUCGUCCAGACCUGAUUCUCUUUCUGAUGAAAUACUUGAUGGCUCUGAUAGUUGGUAUCCCCUCAGUUUUUUGGGUUGGAAGCAAAAAGACAUGCUUCGAGUGGGCCAGUUUUUUUCAUGGCCGUAAGAAAAAAGAGAUAGUAAAUGAGAGCCGACAGGUACUCCAGGAGCCUGAUUUUGCUCAAUCCCUUUUGAGGGAUCCAAAUACUCCUAUUAUAAGAAAAUCAAGAGGAACUUCCACCCAAGGAACAUCCACACAUGCUUCUUCAACUCAGCUGGCUAUGGUGGAUGAUCAGAGGAGCAAAGCAGGGAGUGUCCACAGCAAAGUAAGCAGCUACCAUGGUAGCCUUCACAGAUCACGUGAUGGCAGGUACACUCCGUGCAGUUACAGAGGAAUGGAGGAAAGACUACCUCAUGGCAGCAUGUCACGACUAACGGAUCACUCCAGGCAUAGUAGUUCUCAUCGUCUCAAUGAACAGUCACGGCACAGCAGCAUCAGGGAUCUCAGUAAUAAUCCCAUGACUCACAUCACACACGGUACCAGCAUGAAUCGGGUUAUUGAAGAAGAUGGAACCAGUGCUUAAUUUGUCCAGUCUAUGGUGGAAAACUUGUGCUGUAUAAAAAGCAAUUUUUAUGCUUUGCCUUUGCAUUACUGAUUGCUAUAACUUAUUGUUAUCAUGCUUUCAGUCAGAUGCAGAUUGUGUCCAGUGGAAAUUUUGUAUUGCAUCAAACUUGAAACAUUAAGUCAUCUAACACUCUAAUAAUUAUAUCAUCACAAAAAUAAUUCUUUCUAGGUUAUAAAGAGAUAUUUGUUUGGUAAGCAUUUUUAUAAACCCACUUAUUUUGUAUUUAAAAAAAACCCUAAUGUAUGGUGAUUGCUUUGUAGUGAACUUUCAUAUAAUAUGAACUUAUAAUAUGAGUGAUGAGAUAGCAUUCUGGUAUUUCUGUUACUAAAAUAAAAUUUUAGAAUUAACGAAAUUUUCUAUGCAAGGAUCAUUUCUCAGAUGAAUAGUAGGACUUUAUAGUUCUUUCCACUGAGUGAAAAAGAACUGUGUUUUUUAAAAUGUAGGAAAGUUUGAUAAAUUAGCAGGGGUAUUUUUGUUAAUAGCAUAUAAAUGCAACUGAAGAAUCUGAUUAGUCCUUUGAAGGCUCUUGGAAAAGUUCUAUCAAAAUAAUUUUCAUCUGGAGAUAUUCAGGAUUAGGAUUAGCAAUGGAAUAAAAACAGAGAUGGACAUUUUUUCCUUAUAGUUUUGCUAUUUUUAUUACUUUUGUAAAUAUUACUUUUACUGGCUGUGUUUUCAUAACAUCCAUAUGCAUGACAAAAAAUUUUAUUUGUAGCUAUCUUUUCCCAUUUAACAGUAUUGAUUCAUAGAGAACUUCAUGUUCAGAUCUGUUUGUGGAGGCAUGUAAUGAGAUAAUCAUCACACAUGAUAAGGUUUUUUGUGGUAAACAUAAUUACAAAAUGGCAAAACAUUUUCUCUGUAUUCAUUGUUAUAUUUUUCUAUAGUGAGUUGUGAUCUUACCAAAGCCACCAGACCUUGGUAUCCAUGCCCCUCCUAUCAGUGAGUUGAUUUUCUGCAUUUGCAUUGCCCUAACAGCCUGCAGCUUUUUGCCCCACAUCCUUAUUUUCAGGUUCUGGAUCAUUCUUGUUUACAGCUGAAAUAUAUAUAACCUAAGUCUAAAGUGGUGAUUAAUAUGGAGUAUUUGAAAAUUAUUGUAAGUAAAUGAAGCAUGAUUAGUCUUGCUGUGAAGUACUUUUUAUCUUAAAAUUAUCAACUCAAAAUGUUUGGCAUUUUGUCUUGUAAUGUUUAAAUAAUUUACAGUAUAAACUGUGAACUUUGUUAGGCAUGAAAUUGAUUAGAAGGAGAAGAAACAUUCUGGAAAAUGCUGAAGGUGUUAUUUAGAAGAGCAUAUUUUAAAAAAGUGGUCCUCAACCCUGACUGCAGGUAAAAAAAAUUGGGGGAACUUUGCAAGGCCUAACACCUUCCUCACAUUCAGAUUUAAUUGGUUGGGGUGAGGCCCAGAGAAUCGUUUUCUUUUUACCCAAGGUUUCCAGGUGAUUCUAAUCUGCAUCCAGGAUUGAAAACUGCUAUUUUAAACUAACUUGCCCCAGAUAAUGAUCUAAUGGUAUCAUAUUAUACCAUGUGAAAAUCUAGCUGUAUUCAAUAGUAUGUUUUUAUACCAUUACCUACUAUACAGGUGUUUCCCACUUUUUCAUCCACUAUAAAAUACAGAAUUAUAGGUCCCACUCUUAGAGAUCCUUAUUCAGUAGGUCUGAGUGGUAGGACUUUAAAAAUCUGUAUUUAUAAAAAUACUACAGGUAACUCUUAUGCAAGCAAUCCAAGAGUCACACUUUGAAAUACUUUGUUCUAGACUCUCUAAGGCCUGGCUCUGCCAUAUCCUAGUUCUUUUUUUUACCUCUCUGAGCCUAGGUUCCCUUGUUUGUAAAAGAAAAUAGAAGAUAAAUACCUAUCUACCUCACAAGGUUGUUGUGAGGACCAAAUGAAAAAAAUCGUAUGAAAGCUCUUUGGAAACUGUAAAGCAUUAUGCAAUGUAAGGGAUUAAUAUUAUUAAGGACUUAAGAUAUCUCUUGAGGGCUACUGUAGUACAUUCCUUGACAUACAUUUAAUUCAUUGGUACUUUUGUCUCUCACUCUUUAAAACAAAAAUGCCAAGAUUCAGCAGCUUUUACCAGGCACAAAUUUUCUGGUAGUAAUAAUUUGUUUGUUUAUCUGCUUUUUCUUUCAGAGUACUUAUGUCUUAAUGUGAAUUAUUGCUAAUUUUUCAUAAGAUGUAUUUGAACAUUUGAAUCAAAAUAUUUUUCUUUUUCUUCUUUCUUCAUUGUCUUUCUCCUUGAAACUGGAGUUAGUACUCCAGACAGGCAGAAUCUGAUUUACCUCAUAAUAGACAAUUAGUAAACCUUUUCUCUGAAGGCCAGACUUGUAACAACUCAUUUAUAAAUAAAUGAUUUGUGAGGCUUUUGUCUAAGAAUCUCCCAUAAGAACAGCACAAGAGAACCAAAACAAACAUUAAGAAACAAAAAUAAGAAGUUCAAAUAGAAGGUACCAGUUUGAGUUCGAAGAUGUUGUCAGCUAUAGCCAUCUGCAUUAUGUUAUUGACUGCCAAAAUGUUAGUUGGUUUUCUUGUAGAAGUGGGCCAAGUGUAGUCAGUUAAGCGAACAUUGCUGUGAAAACCUUAACUUUAUAUCUCCUGACUUUUAUGUAUUUUUAUUUCUGUCUUCUCCACUAAACUAAGAUUGUUGGUCAUAUGUAAACAUUAUAUUGUCCUUUCAGUUACUUUCUGCUAGUAUCUUAUUUUGCCCCAUAAAAUCUAUUUAAAUAGUCUUAAUCCAUUGUUUCAAGUAAUGGUCUUUAGUUGGGCCAUGUUAUUUAUCAAAACUAGUGCUCCGAACUAAGAAUUUUUCUUUUGAAGAGAGUUGAAGAGCUUUAGCAAAAGAGCAAUCUCAAGUUUCAACUAGCUUAAACCAAUUUGAAGAAGUUUGGACAGUUUUCUUACCAUAUGUUUAAUUUUAAUUUGCAUCAUGAUUGGCAUAUGAUAAUGUUUAAUGUUGUAUUUGUGGAGUUGACAACUGAGAAAAUAAUAGUUCUUUUUAAAAUGUUAAUAUAUUAGAAGUUUUUAAGCAAUAUGCUUUUAUUCAGUAAUUAAUGCAAAAUAUCAGCGACAAUCUUAGGCUCAAAAUAUAAUCUCAAAUAACAGUUGAUUAACAACCUAGCAAUUAGCCCAGAGCUUAGUACAUAGUUAAGUUUUCAAUAAAUAUUUAAAUGAAUGAAACUCAUAGCACAGAGCUCACUUUUAUACCUAGUAGUGAGUCGUCUCAGUUCAAACAAUUUUGAAGUUUCAUAAUUUAAACAGUGAAAUGAAGUCUCUGCUUGAUCAGAAUUAUAUGUGGCAGGUAAUAAGAAAUAAGUAAAUUAUACCAAAUGAAGCAUAUUCCUCUUAGAGCAACAGUCCAUAUUGCUAUUUUAAAGACAUAUAUGUACACACAUGUAAUCAACCUUUUAUAUUAACUUUAAAAGGUGAACAAGUGAUUCUUAGAAGCAAAUAAUUAGGCUCCUGUUGGUCUCAUGUGAAGUUAGAUCUUUGUGGACCAGUGAGUGAAUGAAUCUUCAAGCAAAGUUUUAUUAGUUUGAUUUUUCUUUUUCUAUUGUUUUCUUAGAGUAGAUUUAUAAAACUUCUAAGAAUCACUUCAAAUUAGAAAAAUGUACUACAUUUUUACCUACCUCAUUUAUUUCUUUGGAAUAGCAGUUGGAAAUAACUGAAAUUGUAACUAUCUUAGUUUAGGCUAUAUCCCAGUGAAAUAAAAGGAACUACUUAAUUUUUGUUUUUAUAUAAAAUAAUGGAUCAUUGGCUGGAGCUUGGAAAACAUUAAUAUACCAAAAUUUCACUAUGAUAAUAUUUACAUGGCUUUUUGACAUGCCAAAGGUAGGAAUGAUGUGCAUGGUCUAGUGUCCUGAAAAUUCCACUGGGCUUGGAAUUUGAAGAUCCAUAAUUAAGAUGUGAACUGGACAUGUCAUUUAACAUCUCUUAUUCUCAAUUUCUUCAGUAAAAAUGAGGAUGAGGUAAUUUUUUGUCUGAACCUACCUUACUGGACCUUGUGACAAUCAAAUGUAUUACAGUGUUCUGUAACCUAUCAGUUGCUAUACUGAUGUUAUUUUUGUUAGAAUUUUGGAAGUAUAGAAAACAAGGAUAUGGUUAUCAGUAGUAUUUAUUUUUGGCAAUAACAACAAAAUGGGCAAUUAGGCCAGUAUUCAUUUGGUUCAGUCUUUAAAUCAAUAAUCCAAUUAACCUCUAAAAAUGACUUUUCCUUUCAAGAGAACAUAUAUCCUUAAAUUGUGUUGGUUCUUUAAGAUAUAUCUAUACCAGGAUAUGCUUUCAAAUUUUAUAUGGUUGAAUUCACAGGUAAUUUCCAAAAGAAAUGUUGGGAUCUCCAUUAUAUUUUCAUUUGGUAUGAAUUAUAUAAUUACAUUAGCUUGACUUCACUGAAAUUUGUAAGAAAAAUAUAAAGAGGAGUAUAGACUCUAACUUUUUUUUCCUUUGAGAGCUUUCAUAUAUCUAAUUUUUUUUAUU